AUGACCUACAUCAUGGGCCUCAUGCUCUACGCCGAGACAACUUGUGCCAGUCUCAAGGAGAACGGCCCAGCCACCGAGAAGCGCCUCCGCAGCUUCGUGCCGCCCUAUGCCAGGGUGGACAAGAAGCGGGCACAGAUUGAGCUGAUCGUGUGUUCGUUCAUCCGAUCGGCGCAGCACAAGACGCUUCUGGAAAAGAUCGCAAGCAAGACGGCUGAGUAUGCGGAGGACAUCCUCUGGGACACGAUUGAGGAGCCGCUGAAGGAAGCCGUGGGUGCCAUCGUGCAAGAUGUCCUGGGAUCCGCAGUUCCAGAUGCUCUGAGCCUCUUCAUCUAUUUCUUGGAAGUCGUGUAG